AUGGAGAGGUGCCGUAAGGCGCGAGUCAUACUAGACCAAGGGAUCGAUACAUCUGGUUUGAUCAAGCUGUUUGUGGAGUCGGGCCGGUCUCGUGAGAUCAGCUCGCCAGUCUCCAUUACUGAUGUCACAGGAGAUGAGGGCAAAUACUCUCUGGAGAUACAGGGCUUCCAGUUCAUCAAGCAUAAGUCUCAGUUCGAAAAAGACCUUCCGGAGCUUAAAAGCCGCUACAAAGCAUCGGAAGAUCUGGACGAGGUCACGGCAGGUUACUAUGCAGAGAUGAAAGAAAUAUUGGCGAAAACACUGGAAAGCAACAAGAAGUACCCAAAGCCCUCCAGCAUACACAUAUUGACCCACAUCAUCCGAGCCGGUCCAAAAGACGGAGAAGGUGACCGAGGCCCAAUGGGCCCGCUCUACGGUGUCCAUGUCGAUCAGUCUACAUGGGCUGCCGAAGGAGUUGCUGAACGAUGGCUCGGGGACCAAGCGGCGGAGCUCCUCAAGAAGCCGCGCUUUCAGAUCAUCAACAUGUGGCGACCUUGCAAGCCAAUCACCCGAGACCCUUUCGCUGUCUCGGACGCGACGUCAAUUCCGGACGAGCACAUUAUCAAGGUGCCACUGAUCUUCCCCGACCACACGGCUGAGGCGCUGGAAGUUGUCCCUGCGCCAGAUCCUCAGAAGCCUCACCGUUACUACUACAAGUUCAACCAGCACCCGGACGACCUGUUGUUCUUUAUCCAGGUCGACUCUAGCAAGCAAUCAGACGUGCCAAGACGCUGCCCACACGUUGCAUUCAAGGACCCCAACUUGGACGAGUCCAAGGGCGAGCCAAGAAUCAGCAUCGAGACGAGAGCAAUGGUUUUCUAUGAUCAAGACGAGGCAUGA